GUCCCCUGCCAGCAGCCGUCUGGAAGAGGAGGGGAGCCGUCUGCCUUCCGCUUCUGGGCUGGAUUGACACACAAUGAGGAGCAGAGGCAGGGGAGACGCUCCACAAACACCGCUGUAAAUAAAUACAACAAUCACUGAGGCCAGAUAAACAUGGAGAACCAGUGCACAGUGCAGGUGAAGCUGGAGUUAGGCCACAGAGCCCAGCUGAGGAAAAAGAUAACAUCAGAGGGCUUCACACAUGACUGGAUGGUGUUUGUCCGAGGACCAGAGACCUGCGACAUCCAGCACUUUGUAGAGAGGGUUGUCUUCCGCCUGCACGAGAGCUUCCCCAAACCCAAGAGAGUAUGCAAGGAGCCUCCAUACAAAGUAGAGGAAUCGGGCUAUGCAGGUUUCCUCAUGCCUAUUGAAGUGUACUUCAAGAACAAGGAGGAGCCAAAAAGAGUUUGUUUCAACUAUGACCUGUUCCUUAACUUGGAGGGCAACCCACCAGUUAACCACCUGCGCUGUGAGAAGCUCACCUUCAACAACCCCACCAAAGAAUUCAGGAAAAAGCUCAUCAAAGCUGGAGGGAUACUGGUGGUCCCUGAGGGGGCAGAAGCUGUGUCGAGGCCCAGUCCGGACUACCCAAUGCUCCCCACCAUCCCCCUCUCAGCCUUCUCAGAUCCCAAGAAGACCAAGACCUCUCAUGUAUCGAAGGAACCCAGUAAAGAAGGAAGUGGCAGCAGCAAAGGAACCAAACCACACAAACCGACUAAGGAGCACCGCGAACGACCGCGAAAAGACUCUGAGAGCAAAGCCACAUCUAAAGGAGAGGAGAGAGACGGAAGCGGCAAAAGCAACCGUGAUCCAUCCGCUUCCUCAUCCUCAUCUUCAAAAAAGCCGUCAGAGAUCAAAGUGAAAGAUGAAGUCAAAGUUCUACCUAAAGCGGCCUUCAAGGAGCCUAAACUCACCCUGAAGGAGUCAAAGAUGGAUGGUAUGUCUCCCAAAGGAGGGGGGGCAGGGAGCGGAGGGGGAGGUGGGGGAGGAAGUGGAGGAGGGCCAGGGGAGCCCAAGGCUCCUGGAAAACGCCCGUCCACGGUGGAGUCUCCCAAACCCAGUGCUAAGAAGCAGAAAAAGAGCAGCUCUGAUGGGCUUAAAGGGCUGACGGGCGGAACUUUCACCGGGACGUCCCCGCGCCUCUCCUCCUCCGCAGCUAGCCAGUCCUACGGGGAAAAGAAACCUUCCAAGGAAAAGGGCCGUUGGCUGAAAGGCAAAAACGACACCCAGGAGCUGAAGGAAUCUAAAAAACCUCUGGAGUCAGAGGAGUCUAAUUCAGAAGACGAAGCAUCGUCAAAGUCAGAGUCGGCUCCUUCCAGUCCUUCCCACUCCAGUUCCAGCUCUGACUCCACGUCGGACUCUGACUUCGAGCCAGGACAGAAACAAGGACAAGGCCCGCUACGAUCGAUGGUGGAGGAGAUCCAGUCAGAAGAGUCGGACGAUGACGACAGCAGCUCAGAGGAAGAAACGCCAACAAAGAACAACCCGCCUAACCGCGACUCUCGACUCAGCCUGGACAGCGAGAGUGACAGCAGUGACGGCUCACACCGCCCCAGUCGGGACCCCGCUCCUCCCCCACAAAAACACAGCUCCUCCAAUAACAAAGUGGUUCGAAAAAGUCCAGAUUCCUCUUUUCGCACUGAGAAGGUGAUGAAGAAGGGAUACGACAAGGUAGGAAGGGCCUACACGGAGGAGCUGGUGGACCUCCACCGCAGACUGAUGGCGUUAAGGGAGCGUAACGUACUACAACAGAUUGUCAACCUGAUCGAGGAGACGGGCCACUUCAACGUGACCAACACCACCUUUGACUUUGACCUCUUUUCACUGGACGAGCCCACCGUCCGCAAACUACAGAGCUACCUGGAGGCAACGGCCACGUGACAGGAAGCAGAGGCCGGCGUGUGGAUGUCGGCGACAGAGGUUGCCUCGUCGUUACUCCUGCUCCGUAAGGAAAAGCAGAGCGCUCCCAUCCGUCGCAGCCUUGACACAAGCCUGACUGAAGCAUCGAACAACAGAAACAUACUAACAAUCGCAAGCACACAUCACCCCCUUCACGGGACACUGGGGAGGACACUGGAGGAGGAGGCGUGUGAGGAAACACUGGAGUAUCUGAACUCCAUCUAGUCAGGAAUUUCACUACACAUCUCUUGUUUUAGGUCCGUUCUGAGCUGUGGUAUUCGCCCUCCUGCACUUAUAUUGCUCCCGCCUUUGCAAGCCUAAUACUUGCCGUCCUCCCCCUCCUCUUCUUCUUCACAUGCACACUCCUUACUUGGCAGAACUUACCUCCAACCACCCCCCACUUGUCAGCUGGAGCUCAUUUCUCUCUCAGCACACUUUAGUUGUCUGCGUGCGCUCGUGUGUGUAUGUGUGUGCGAGUGAGCGCGUGCGUGUGCAUGUGUGUGUGCGCGUGCGUGCGUGUGUGUGUGUGCGCACGUGCAGCAGAGAUGUUGUCUGUUUGGUUACUGACGUUUUCUUUUUUUGUUGUUUAUGAAUCUUGAGCACAAAGAGCCGGUUGCGUUACUCACACACACACGUGCACAUUUAAGUUGAACUUUACUCUGCAACUCCCUCAUUUGGCAUUAAUACACAAACAUUAAAUAAAGGCUAAUAACAGUUACAUUUUAAAAUCUGUAGAAAAACACGCUCAAUAGCUGUUUUUUGCACAAUUUGUCACCACAUAAAGACCACGGGAUUCCCUUAAACUACUUCGUUAGUUUAAUAAAACAGCAGAAACUCUGGGUUGGAACACAGAUUAGCAAACUGUUCUUAAAGUAGCUGUUUAAGCUAGCAGGACAGUUUAAUGUUCAGUUUUAAAUUAGUACCUGAUGUUCUAAAGAUGCUGAAUUGUUUUGGUGUAACUCAGCUGCAGAUUAGAAGAACUUACGGGGGGAGUGGGUUUUUUUUGUGCUUCCAAAUAUUUAAAAAAAACAAAACAUUGAAUAUAAAACGUGUCUCCAUAGAAGUUUAAAAGGGAGACGUGUUGGUGUGUUUCUAGUGUUUGUACGUGCUAAAAUGGGGGAGUUAUAGUAAAGAACAGCUUCUUCACGCUGAACAUGAAAAACGCUGUAGAAGACUGUUGGUUUUUCUGCCGUCUGAACUUUUGGAAACACAUGUUCUGUUGAGUUUCCUCUUUUCUGGCUCUGAAAGCUGAGCCUUGACCUCCUACCAACGCCCCCCCCCAGCGAAUGGCCCCUCGUGUCCCCUCCUCCCCCCCUCCCCCUCGUCUGAGCUCAUGAAAGGGCUCGACUGCUCAUGGCCAGAGCAGAGGACUGCUCCUGAAUUGCCUUCUAGGUGGUGGGUCUGGUCGGGUGUGAGGGGUGGAUUUACGACAAAAAAAAAAAAGAAAGUAGCCAUAAUUGUUUCCCAGAAUCCAAAAAACAAGUGAAUAAUAAAAGGGGGCCACGCUUUUUUAUUUUUCUACAAGUGCUUCUCGUGUACGGAUUCCCAGAGCUUUGAAUGUAAACUGCUUUUACUUUCCUUCAGCCUCAGCCUAGUGCCUUUUCCUGCGACUCGCAGUCUGAGGGGGGUGGGUGUGUGCGCUCCGUUAGUCAUGCUCAAACAGAUUAAAGACCCCCCCCCCCAAAUACUCCUCCUGGGGAAACGAGUGUUAAUUGGGAUGCCUGAAUAUCCAGUAAUGUCUUAAUAGCUUCCAGCUUUCCAGCGUGUGUGUAGGCUGUUACCCUCUACUAUCUCUGUUCACCCAGCCGCCUGGAUGAUGGGAUUUCUUUGGUUAUUUUUUUACGUUCCUGGAGAUUAGGUUUAGAGUUAAGGUAGCUCCUCACCUUAAUUGGCUCUACUAAGAGCUGCAUCAGUUGUGUUUUUGUGUUUCGUUAGAAAUUUUAUGUUUAAAAAUAAGCAACAAAAAAAUUUAACCCACGAUCGUAAUGCCGGGCACUUACACAGCAACAAGAGACGAAUGAGCAGAAACUGGUAGUGCUUUAAUUUUUUUAGGCCUGAAUCAAGAAGCCAGGUUGUUUGAUUAGAUGGAUAAAUGUGAGUGACGGUCUCACAAAGCUGGAUUACUUAAAUCAACCAUCAGAUCAGAGAAAACGCUUCUGGGCGUUUCAUCAAUACUUAUUAUUUGUAGCAGAAUCACUUCCUGUUUGAGCUUUUAGAUCCACCUGUUGGAGAUGACAGCGACAUUACAAUAGAUCUGACCCUUGCUGUGGGCUUUAGACAACAAACCAUCAGUGCAGCAAAUGUGGAUCAAGCUGCUGUAGAAAUAAAGUGACAAUCAAGAAUACAGAAAAGAACAUCUGCAGGUUGAGAUUGAUGGACAGAUUAUAAUUCAGGAUAUCUGAGAGGAUUUUAGUGCAUCUGUUUAAUUUAGAUGAGCCUUACAUUUACUCUAUUUUGAACUAUUUCAAUUCAGAUGUCAGAUUAAACCUUAGACUAAGUGCUCCAUCAGCUGUUUCCACAGUAAAAGAGUUCAUGGUUAUUAACAUAAAACCCAAUCUUGGGCUGUAGAAAACUAUUAUGGUGUAAUGUGAUGGACUUUGUCGUAUUUUUUUGUCUUGACUGUAUAAAACCUUUUGUUAAUGUGUUUUGCUGUUGCACUGAUGGUUUUUCUUUAAAAGUCCUGAGUUUUAUUGGUCACUGAUCGUUAUUUGACCCGUGCUGUGGGGGGUUAACACAACCAGAAGCCUGUUUUGAGAGACCAGUUCUAGUCUUUCUUUUUUUUUUUUCUUAACACAUGAACUUGCUUCUUGAUUCAGGCCCUUCAUGUGUUUGUUGUCGUGGCCCCUCUAGGCUUUACACACACACACACACACACACACACACACACACACACACACACACACACACACACACACACACACACAUACCAGUCCACUGUGGGACAGUCCAUCAGGGACAGAUUUACCCCCUCCUCCCAUCAUCCUCCUCCUGCCGACAGCGUUUUAACUCUGGCGCUUUGAUAGCUUUAAAACACCCCCACCCCCACCUUGGUUUUCUGUGGCCUGCCUGGCUCGGCGACACACUCCUUUUACUGUAAACGCUGUCCGAGCUCGGAAAAUGUCUCGGAAUAAAAAGGAAAACCUGGAUCCACACCGCCUUACUUACCCCCCACCCCCACCCCAGCACCACC